GUGCAAGGGCUGCUCCUCCGCCCUGAAGGAGCCCUACAUCAAGUGUGCCGAGUGCGGACCCCCGCCUUUCCUCGUGUGUCUGCAGGUAACAAGGGGCCUGGCGGGCACGCUCGCAGCAUGGUGUUUUAUAGUGACCCUGUACUACUGUACCGGAGCACCGUGAGCACGAGGCUUAGGGUGACCAGCAGGACCGUUUGGAAGGGCAUGUCUGUUUGUACCGCAAUGCAUUCUGGUACAUGUAGUCCCGAACCCCAGAGAGAAACCUGAAGGCAUUAUAUUGCUUUGCCAGAGGAUUUGAAUACAGAACGCAUCAAAGUGAUCACAAAUAUGAGAUCAUGACGUCCGAUUUCCCAGUGCUGGAUCCCAGCUGGACCGCACAGGAGGAGGUGGGGUUACUGGAAGCUGUGAUGGACUGCGGCUUUGGGAACUGGCAGGACGUGGCGAAUCAGCUGCGUACGAAGAGCAAGGAGGAGUGCGAGAGCCACUACAUGAAGCACUUCAUCAACAACCCCCUCUUCUCCUCCACCUUGCUGAGCCUGAAGCAGAUGGAGGAGGCCCGUACUGCCGACACCGCCAUCCCGUUCAGACUUUGUGGGUGUUGUUCAGCCGCAGGAGACGACCCCCCUCGACCCACGUUCGACUCCCUGCUCUCCAGAGACAUGGCAGGGUACAUGCCGGCCCGGGCUGACUUCAUGGAGGAGUUUGACAAUUAUGCGGAGUGGGAUUUGAGGGACAUUGAUUUUGUUGAUGACGAUUCUGAUGUUCUGCACGCCCUGAAGAUUGCGGUUGUAGACAUAUAUCACUCAAGACUGAAGGAAAGACAGCGCAGGAAAAAAAUAAUACGUGACCACGGCUUAAUCAGCCUGAGGAAAUUUCAAAUGUUGGAAAGACGUUACCCCAAAGAAGUUCAAGACAUGUACGAUGCCAUGAGGCGCUUCGCCAGGGUGCUGGGGCCGACUGAGCACGACAAGUUCAUCGAGAGCCACGCCUUGGAGUUUGAACUUCGGAGGGAGAUCGCACGACUUCAGGAGUACAGACGAGUGGGAAUCCAAACCUUCUGCAGUGCGAAAGUGUACGACCGCCUGAAGAGGUCCCGAGAGGAGGAGAGGAAGAAACGGGUCAUGCUGGCUGAGGUGCUGCAAUACAUCCAGGACAGCAACGCUUGCCAGCAGUGGCUCCACAAGCAGGCUGCCAUUGACGCGGGUCUGAACCCAGUGGUGGCAGCCAUCUCCAGCUCAGCCGCGGGAAGAAGAAGCGCGCCCCCUCUGAACCUCACCGGCCUGCCAGGGACUGACAAACUCAACGAGAAGGAGAAGGAGCUGUGCCAGGUGGUGCGCUUGGUGCCCGGAGCUUAUCUGGAGUACAAGGCAGCGCUGGCGAAUGAGUGCCGCAGACAGGGGGGCCUGAGGCUGGCACAGGCCCGGGCGCUGAUCAAGAUCGACGUCAACAAGACACGCAAGAUCUACGACUUCCUCAUCAGGGAGGGCUACAUCAGCAAAGCCUAGCCCAUCUGAAAAGUAACUAGCCAAUGGGCCAGAGCUGCCUGCUUCUAAAUACCUCCCCCCUCACACCCCCACCUCUCUCUGUCUAUCCCUCAACAGGAAUGUGGAGCUCAGUUUACAUUAUAAAAAACUGCUGAGACAAGCAGUGCGUUCUGGGAGAAGAGCAGAAUCACAUCACAAUAUAUCUUUCCAGGCAGUUAUUAUACAUACACAGCGCUUUGAGCAGACCUGGUCUUCAAAGGCGCUAUAUACGUGCAGUGUUGUUGCUGUUGAUGAUGCUGUAGCUGUCGGGAAGAGAUUCGCUCUGCAUUUAUGAUCUCUUAACAUUCAGGAAAACAAAACUGGGGCCUCUGUGCUGUGCAUGAUCAGUUGAAAAUGCAGGCAGACCACGUGUUCUCAUCCCGGCUACACAUAAUGCCGGAAGCCGUGGAUCAUGGAAAGGGACUGACCAAGCUACAUUAGACUCUCGCUUUAAUACCAGGGCUGGCAAGCCAUCAAGACUUCUCCCUUGCAGGUUAGAGACACAGUCUUGAAAUCAGCAGAUGGGACCCGAACCCAGCCUCUGCAGACGUUCGGCUCUGUAGUGAUCCACUGCUGGUGCUCGCAGGUCUCCUUGGCUCUUGCGCAGUGCCUGGAUUCAGUGGGGAUUGUCUGUUUUACGGUGUGGAGCUGCCUGCUGUCCUAGACCACACCAUUGUGCUGUAUAGCCUUUCGGUUUUUUGCAAUGCAGCCGUUGACUUGUAGGACGAAUACGAUUGGCUGUAGCUUCAACGGAGCGACUCUGAAAACGUGCUUGACUGGUCGCCACUGGGUUGCGCAGCCCUCUGAUUGGCUGAACAGGAGAGGUGUGGCAAUUUUUAUUUGUAAUGUAUUUAUUAUUUUACAUGUACAGUAU